AACAUGCAUCUAUAGAAGUCUAGUGUAGGAGAUUGCUGCAUGCAAGCUGCUCUGGAAUAUCAGUCAUUUAUUAUUUCAAGGCUAUAGCUAUAGUGUGCAUGUUAUAGUCAGUGCACAGCCAUGACUAUACUGUUACAGAGUGGUGUGCUGUGGGCUUUGGCUGUAGUGGCCUUGCUGCAUUCUGUAAGAGGUCAACUCAUGUUCGGUUUUGGAGAGCUGGACUUCACUAAUCCUGAGCCUAACAAUAUUACCGUCUCUGUCACCAAAAGUGGGGCUAACAUCGGUGACCUCGUCAUCAAUAUCACCCCACUGACGUAUGCCCAGCUGGAGAGUAUGGGAGUGCCGAUACCUGCCGGGAUUGGGGCGGGGGCCAGACCUGAUCCAGCCGAGUUUGAGGCGAACGGAAAGCAAGACUUCAGCAACGAUGUCAUCCAAGUCACGUUCCCUGCCACCACUGCGGUGGACCAGAUGGAACAGGCAGUCACCAUCUACUUUAGGAACGAUGAUAUUAACGAAGCAACGGAAGGAUUCUAUCUUCACGCCACCAUCGACACUGCCGCUAGUAACGCGAUGGACGUACAGCAAGCCAGUCCCGUACGGAGCGGAGUGACACUCAUCAACAUCAACGACGAUGACAUUAUACGUGUUGCUUUUGAGAUGUCUGCCUACACUGUGCGUGAAGAUGCUGGUUUGGUUGAUGAUCUACUCUUUGUGAUUAAGGAGGACGGACGAGCUUCGGAGCAAACCCUCAGGGUAUUGGUAGAGGCGUCAGUUCCAGCACAGGGUCGUGCCAUCAGAGGUCCAAUUAGUUCCGGUCCAAUCGAUUUCAUAAUCCCGGCGCUCAGUGAUCCGGAAGAAGUCACCGUUCCCAUAGAGUUUGUGUUCGAGGUCGCUGACUCCCGACUCAACAUCUCAUUCGAAAUUAUUGAAGAUGCUAUAUUAGAGUUAUUUGGGGACCAGAUGGAAAAUUUUGUUCUAUUGUUGUCCAUAGCUACCAAUCCCGCUGUGAAUCUGCAAGCCGGUGACAAUACCAGGGCCACUAUCUUCAUUAUAGAUAACGACGUUGGUAGAAUCGGGUGGGAGCAAACCUCGUACAGUAUUGUCGAGGGCGAUGCACUGCCGUUCCAAGUGCUGGAGGUGUGUGCCCGGAUACUUGAGCCGGCACAGAUUGCAUCGAAUGUGGAGGCAAUUAUUUUUGCUGACAACGUGGACAUUGGCUCUGCUAUCAGUAAUUCGGAUUACCUUGAUUUAGAGCCGGGAAGUUUCAGUGGAGACGAUAUAUUCAUAGUAGACCCUGGCUUCAGGGGGUGUGCCCAGUUAACUGUUAUCGGAGACGUAAUGCCUGAGGGGAACGAAACACUGCAGCUACGACUGGUCACUGAUAUGGGGAACCCAAACAUUAUUGUCAACGCUAACUUCGUGUUUGAUCCAAACGUGACUGAAGUCAUUAUCAUAAACGAUGAUGGAGAUAUACCAACUCCUAUGCCUAGCCCCUCCCCAAGUUCCACCCCAAGCCCAUCCCCUUCCCCCUCCUCGACAGAACCUCCUCUCCCACCACCCACAGUUGUCAUGGUAUCACCAUCCCCUUCGGCCACACCCACACCCGACUCCUCAGUUCGUAUGGGUGGAGAUCCUCACUACAGUAUCCUGCUGCCCACGGGCCAGCUCCUCUGUUACUCUGUCCAGGGAGAACACAACUUUGCCUUUAAUCUCAUCAGCAAUAAACUACUCCAAAUGAACGCUCUGUUUAUCGCCGAUAGCCGGAGAGAGGAGAUUACGUGGAUCGGAGAAUUAGGAGUGGUGGUGAAGGAAGGGCCUAAAAAGAAAAGUGGAAAUUCGACAUCGCUGCGCUUCUGCUCUAAAGAAAAAAUGGUAUGCGUCGGGGAUAAGAUUAAGUUGAAUGCUAGCGGUGUGGAGCGGCUGACGUUUAGUAAGGGCAAGUUGUCCAUAUCCGAGCGAGUGGAACAGGGAGACUUGGAACGGCCCGAGGUUAGGGUGGAGUUUCCCGAUAUGGGAAUCAGUUUUACGGUUGUGUUUGUGCGUGGAAAGCACUUGGAUAUGAUGUGGAAUAAAGUGGAACCAAGUAUGGAAAAAUCUCAUGGAAUGAUAGGUCAAUUCUUCCGCCAAGGUGUGAAGAUCGACGAGGCACGACGAUUAUUGCUCCUCCCUAAGUUGGAGCCGGUGGCGGUGAUGAGGAAACCUGUCUGGCACUUUAUGGAGAGAGAGUCUCCGGAUGAGAAGUUGUGUUGGGUGGCCAUGAACCAAGGUUACCAGGGCAAGGGACUCCUCCAGGGACACUACCUCGACUAUCUAGUAGAUGACGUCCUCACUGCGGACUUCAAGUUCAAGAAGUCCAAGAAGAAGAGAUCAGCCUAGAGAUAGUAACUCAGGACAACAGUUUUUAUUACAUAUUAUAUCUAGUAGAGACAUUUUGUAGAGACAAUUCUUUAGUUACCAUGACAUAGAUCUAUACGUGUACAAUCCUUUAAUUUGCUGUUCAUUUUCACAUUUGAUAAUUAUAAUUAAUAUAUGA